AUGAGACCUGUUACGCUCCUCUCCCUUGCUUCGCUGGCUUCCGCGAAGAAUCUCAUCCCCACGACUUGUUUCGACUCCUACACUUCCCUCGAAGAGUACUUCUCCUACCUCUACCCAUGGGGUAGCGAUCACAAUGGCUCAGCCCGCAUGGUCGGCAACUCCACCGACCACGAUUACAUCUCCGUCGAGUCCGGCACACUGACGCUCGUCGCAAAGCCGACCACGGGCCAGCCGGCGACCAGUGGAGGCCAGGAAAUCAACUAUCUGUCCGGAGCCGUGCAUUCCAAGAGCACGUUUACGGUUGAAGCCGGCUCUGGGUUCGACAUCGAGGCUGAGUUCCAGGCGACCACUGAUAAAGGAACUUGGCCGGCUUUCUGGCUGAAUAGUGCGGAGAGCUGGCCACCGGAGAUUGAUAUGGCUGAGUGGAAGGGAACGGGACAGAUCACCUUCAAUGUCUUCAACACCUCUUCCGAGGUCAUGAACCACAACACGGAUUACCCGUCUCCGAGUGAGUUCCACAAGGUCAAAACUCAGAUCCGUGCGGAGAACGACGCAGAUAUCUUGGUUAAGUACUUCCUUGAUGAUGUGGAGGUCACGACUCAGUACGGGGCCGACUACGUCGGGAAGCCUUUGUAUCUCAUCACACAACCAACUCCAACUCUCCAACUGCAUCCCUCAAUAAGAAUACACUCCCAACUCCAAACCUCACCCACUCAGAGACAAACCCAAAAACCCGCAAAAAAAGAUGGUCCUAGAAAACGAUCAAACAGACCCCAUCCCCCCAUCGGCGCGGAAGCAACCAACGACAGCGACAGCACCCCAACCACAAAAUACCAGUACCACUCGCUCUACAUUAAACGCGACCUUAUCGCCAACCCGGACCCGUUCACCCUCUACUUUGGAUUCUUCGGACGGUGGAACUACGACCGAAAAGUAACCGCCAAUGUACUCCGUCGAGUCGAGAACGCCCGGGUGCUAAUCCAGCGCCUCCCCACACAAGACGAACUAGAUGCGAUGGUAACACACAGCAGUCGCAGUUUAUACCAGGAACGGAUCGGCGCGCCAUUGGGAUUCCUCGGCGGGUCGGCGCUUCUGUGGAUGCAGGCCAAGAAAUCGGAGUUGUAUCCGGCUUAUUUCCCCAAGGCUUCCGGUCCGGAGGGGAAGAUGCCGUCUCCCAAGGAGAUUCUGCAGGCCGCUCAGAGGUUUAUGAUUGCUGAGCCGACUGUAGCGAAACGGGCGGUUUUUGUGACGGGUUUCAAAUUGCUGUUCUAUAGUGUGGCGGGCGCGACGUUGUCGAGUGUUUAUGCGGUUUAUAAAGAGACGACGAAUACAAUGGGGGAUUCGCGAUUGAAGGAGUUCUUGGCGGAUUUGAAAAAGCAGAAUCCCGAGGAGAUAAGAAGAAGGCAGAUGGAGUCCAGGGGGCGGAGGUCGGUGGGCGAGCAACAGGGAGUUGUCGAGAUGGAUCAGGGUGGUGAUUAUGCUUCGGAGUAUUCCGGUGGUGACGUUCAGUCGACGACGGUAUCUGUCCCUGAUCGUCGUCCGGUAUUAGAACCUGUUGGUGGUGGAUCGGGUGCAGAUCACGGCCGCGGAGGAGAUUUCUUCGAUGAAGAUGAUGCUAGCCCCACGGCGCCUGAGUAUAGAACCAAUAGGGGCACACAGGCUGGUUACUCGCAGGGAGGUGCUUGGGAGCGGAUUCGACAACAAAAUGCUCCCGCACCUGCUCAGUCCAGUCAUCAGGAUGCAUCCGGCCAGCAGUCACCACAGUGGGACUCAUGGAGCCCCCCAUCAUCAGAGAGUGACAAGCAGCGGGAGAGGGAGCAAGCUCGUGCCGAUUUUGAGCGAUUAUUGGAUGCAGAAAGGAAUAUUGGACAAGAGUCGGCGAGCGAAGGGCGCAAUAAAGGUUGGGGGAAGUGGAAUUGA